CGUCGAGUGCCAAUAUGGCUACCGUCGUGUUGGCAUUCGGCAUGUAACAAGAAGUUUCAUUCAAGAUGUCAGUGGCAUGCAAACUAAUUAUAACAAGUAGAAAGUAAAGAAUAUCAUCAGAAACAAUAAAUGCAGAUGCGACUGAUGUAAGCAACAUGUCAUGGCUAGGCGGAAGCAUAUCCUCUCUAACAGGCCAGAUUUCCAACUUGACAAAAGAUAUCUUGACAGAAGGAACUGAGGAAGUUAGCGAUCAUGCCACCGAGCUGCGUCUGGCUCAGGAGAAGAUCGCUGAGUUUCAAACUUUGUGUGGGGCCCUCAAGACUGAGAAUGACCGCCUCAAGAUCUUCAACAGGGAGUUAGAGGAGAAGGCUGAAUCAUCCGAGUUGCAGAUCAACUCCAUCUCCUCCCAGUAUCGAGAUGUCUUGCAGGAAAAGGAGAAUGACCUGAAGGAGCUGAAGAAGAAGCAUAAUGAGAUUCUGGAACACCAGGCCAGGUCAGCGCUGUCGCCACUUACAGCGCCAUCUACUGCGCAUGUACCCGCUCCCUCCCAGCCAGGAAGUUUGUCCACCCAGACUGGCCUAGGAUUUUCUGAAGGGGUCGGUGGAUCUGAAUGGGACCUUGGUGACAAUAUCAGCCUCCAGCAUGAAAUCAACAGGCUGCGUCAGGAGGCCACACGACUACAAACUGAGGCUCAGCACUGGAAAUCAGUAGCAGGACAACUGAGCCAGUCAGGGACAAGUAAUGAACAGUUUGAAGCCAGCAAUGCUGAGAUUAUCCAGCUUCGAGACAGAGCAAAGGAGUUGGAACAUCAGCUGGUACAGGCCCGGGAUCAUCAGCAACAUGAAGUUGUCUCCCUUCAGGAUGUACACACAGACAAGAUGGCUGUCAUUAAGAAGAAGCACAAACAGGAGGUGGCUGACUUCAAGAGACAGAUUGUGGCACUUGAGCAGCAGCUGAGUGAAAGUCGGGACAAUGACAGUGUGAGGCAUGGAUCAUCCAACCUGCCUGAGGCUGACCGAGCUGGACUCAGCUCUGAGUCUGAUGUUCAUGAGCUGCGACGUGAGCUGCAAGACCUGCACACACAGCUGUCCAAGGUCAAUACGGAGAAGAACAAGAUCGAGACUGCGAAGCGCCACCUGGAGGGAGUGUUGGAGGAACUGCAGACAGAGGUGGGCAAACUACAGGAUGAAAGAGACAGCUAUGUAGAGAAGAUCACCCUCCUGGACUCGACUGUCGCUGACCAGCUGGCCGAGCUCGAGACGCUGAAGCAAGCUGCUGGGGAUGACGUUGUACAGUUAAAGCAGGCUCUUGAACAAGCUCUCUCAGAAAAAAGUUCCCUGGAAAAAGAAGUCGGACAGGUUGGCCUAUCUUUGUUUGAUGCAAAACAGAGACUCUUGGAGCAACUGGAUGCAAACCAUGCUGAUGCUUUAGAGGUAUUAAGUGACUUGCAGCAUGUACGCCACCAGAUGGACAAUGACAGUGCAGGCAGACGCAACCGUCUGCUGAAUGAGAAGCAGAAACUAGCCAAUCAGAUCUAUGUCUUGGGGCAGAAGCAAGGGCAGGUGAAGUCUAAUCUGGUGGAAGUCAAGUCUCUCAGUACCCACCUGACCACUGAGGCAGCGGCCAUUGUGGAGUCUCUCGGCAGUCCCGGUCAUCAGCAGGUCACUGCAGAACUAGUUGCAUCACUUGAGAAAGAAAACCUGUACCUGAGAGAACAGAAUCUGAAGUGCCAAGAACAGAUAACUCUGUUGGAGCGAGCAGCAACCACUCAGGCCCAGGAGAGGAGUCGAUGUGAAGACACCAUCGCCAGGUUGAAGGGGCAGCUGCAAGAUGAUGUGGAUGAAUCCAGUUCUGUAUCCACCCUGAACGACAGUCUCUCCACGGGCAGUGUUAGGACAGUUGAUGGCAGCGACAUAUCUGAACUCUCACGCAGGAAUCGUGAACUUGACCUCAAGGUGGAACAGCUCCAGACAGAGGUCGACAAAUACAAGACAGACAUCGAUCAGUUUGAAUUUGUGAAAUCUGAUUGGCAGCUGGAGAAAGAAUCUCUUGAAGAAGUUUUACUACAGCUGCGGAAACAGCUUCAGGAAAAGGAGAUGGAACUGAACAUCGCACUUGCACAGAAGGGUCUUGCUGAGGUGAAACGUCAGGAGAAGAAAUCCCAGGCAGUAGAGAGGACUCAGACAGGAGAAGUGGUCGAGGAGACAAUUGUGGCAGAACACCAAGAUCUUCUGCAGACAGGGGAGACAACUCUAGAGGCCGACAUUGAGACCUUUGCUGCCCAGGCUCAAAAACUGAGUGAUGCCAAUCUGCAGCUGGAGGAGGAGCGAGAUCAGCUGGAGGCUGACAAGGUUGCACUUGAAGAAAAGAUUAAACGUUUAGAAAACAAUGUAUCCACAUUGGAGAAGUCACUACAAAGUGAAAAACAAGCAUCUCCCCAGCAGCAGCAGCAGCAGCAGCUGGAACAGAGAGUCCAGCAGCAUGAGGUGGAGAUGAAAGCCAUGGAACAGGAGAAGCUGGACUUGGAGUCCAGUCUGGAGGAGCUGGACCAGCAGCAUCAACAGGCCAUGGACAAACUCAUCAGCAUACGGGACGACCUCUCACAGCAGGUCGACACCCUUAACACCAGUCUUUCCCAGAAAGAUACAGAGAUUGUCAACCUCACUGAAGAACUGGAUAAGUCCCGGGCUCAGAUUGAGGAAGCUGCUUCAUCAUCAAAGGACCUGACUGAUGCUGCUGAAGGACCGGAUGAGGCUCUGGUUGAGGAGCUUCAGGCUAAACUGGAGAAGAUGGAGUCUGAUAAAGCGAAGGAGAUUCAAGAUUUGAAGGAGAAGUGUCAGAAUGCUGCAGUGGCAGUGAAUGAUCUACAUAUGGACAAGCGCGAGCUCCAGGAGGAGCUUGGGAGAGUGAAACAGGAGAUUACAGGGAAGGUGGCCAAGUUGAAGGAGAUGAGGGAGGACCACACCCGCCUAGUAGAGGAGAACAAGGACCUCAGGGAGAGACUGCAAGAAGCUGAGGACGAGAUUGAGGACUGGCAGGAGAGGAACGAACAAACUCAGGUACACAACUCCCAGAAGGAGGCGGUGAGUAAAGAGAUGGAGGAAUUGCAAAAUGAAAUCUCUGAACUGAGAUCAAAACUUGAUGAGUAUUAUACUGCCUGUGAGCAUGAAAAGACUAGAUGUUCUCAGCUUUUGGCUGAGAAUCGGAGAUUGUCUGUUCAAACUGAGCAGUUUGAAGUUCAAAAGCAAGAAAGUACUCGGCAGGCAUCACAACCUCUGCACGACAGAAUCUCUGUGUUGGAGACUCAGUUUGAUGCUGUGAACUUAGACAAGGUAAAUCUUGAGAAGGAGAUUAGUCAGUUAGAGGACAAACUACAUGCUCAGACUAAACAUUAUGAGAGUUACAUCCAGGAACUGCAGAACAGCCAAGACAAGGAUGCCACAGCGUUACAGCAAGACCAUCAGGCCAUGAUGCAGACUUGUCAUGAGAAGGAGCUUGCAAUCAGUGAUCUGCAGUCUCAGAUUAACUCUUUAAAAUCAGAACUGGACAUGACUAAAGAAACCAUGCAGACGUCUGUCGACAGCCAGUUGCAGCUGACUUCUAUUUUGAAAGAGAAAGAUGUUGAAAUUUCUUCACUGAAGUCUGCAAAUAUUGAGCUAAAUUCGGAGUAUGAGGAGUUGUGUGCCCAUCUGAAGGAGCAGGAGGUCCUCAUGGAAAGCAUGAAAGGUAUGGAGAAACUCCUUGCUGAUUCGAAGGAGGAGAUUCAGAGAUUGAGGACAGAGAUUGAGGUGAAUAAGAUGAACAUGGAACAACAGAAGCCUGAUGAUAUGGAUCAGCAGAAGACGCUGGAGAUAAUCACUGAGCUGGAGAAAGAGCUUGCUUAUUGUAAAGACAAAAUAUUUAGGUUAGAGGAAACUGUCCACAGUCAGGAGUCCCUGAUUAAUGACCACAAGGCAGGAAUUACUCAGUUAAAUGAAAAACAUGAGGGGUAUAUUAGGGAAAUCGAAGAAGAAAGAAUAAAGCUUGCAAGACAGGAUGAUUUAAUUUUAAUUCUACAAGAGAAAUCUGCAGACAAGGAUGAAGAAAUUGCAGAUUUGAAAUACAAGUUGACACGAGCUUCAUCCCUUGUGGAUGCUAAAAAGCUGCAAUUACUCAAUGAAGAAGAUUCUCAGCCAGGCCUCCCUGCUCUUGAAUAUCCAGAGAAGGCAGCAAUAGAAUACACUUCACCGUCAAGGAAGUGGGAUGAAGAAGAAUUUGUUGAUCAGGAUGAUUUUGAUGGUGACACAUCCAACAAGAUUGAGAUGAUUUCAAAAGAGAUCGGUGAACUUCAGCUUCGCCUGCAAGAGAAGGAUCUAGUGAUUCAGGAACUUCAGAGCAAUAAUGCCUCAUUGCUAACAAUGCUGGAGGCCAAGUCCCUGACGUCACAUGGGGAUAAGUCUCUCGUCAGUGUGCAUAAGCUGGAGAAUGAGGUCAAGGCCUUGAAGAUGGAGCGAGAACAGAUUAUGGCAGUGAUGACCGAGAAGUCCCGAGAAUCAAGUUCCCUGAAAGCUGAGGUGCAUCGGUUGAUGAGUGUUGUGACUGCCGAGAAGAGCGCCCUGAACAAGCUGCAGGAGGACAACCACCAGCUUCAGAACAGGGAGAAUCCUGUGGAUGACAUGCAGAGGGAGGCAUUGCAGAACUUGUCUCGUCUCGUUCGCGAUCGGGAAAUGGAGAUUGAGGCACUGAAACAGAAAAAUGACACACUUCUGGCUGUGCUGCAAGACUCUUCUCAGGAAACACAAGGGACACAGAUCAAUUCUCUUCUCCAGGACAAGGAUAAUCUAAGUAGGCAGAUGAUGACAUUUCAGGCUGAGCGAGAACAGAUGAUCACCUACCUCAACCAGAAACAUCAGGAGAGUGUGACGUAUCAUAAUGAGAUUCAGAGACUUACUGCGUUAGUGUCCACACAGACGGAACAGUUUGAAGCUCUAAAUCGCAACUAUACUAAUCUUGUUCCUCAGUUUGAAGACAAAACUCAGACUCUGCUUAAAACUCAAAAUGAACUAUUAAAUUAUAAACAGAAAUAUAACGAAUUAGAAGUUAAGUAUGGUGAGUUGUUGGGAAGGUCUAACAUGAGUGAAACGGUUGACAUGGCAACGUAUAAUACCAAGAUGGUGGAACUCCAGAAAUGUCAGGACAGGUUAUCAGAACUACAGCAGGAAAUAAAUGAUCGAGACCUGAAGAUUCAAGGAUUGUCUUCGAGGAUUCAUGAACUGGAAAGUGUUGUGUCAAGUAAAGAAGCUGAGAGGACUAGUUUUAAAAAGCAGGCUGAUAAUUUAACAUUUCAGCUUCAGGGUUUACAAACAGAACUCCAAGACUUCAGAACUGAAAGUGUAUCCACAAAGCAGAAAUCCUCCGAAAUAGAUUCAGAACUUCAGGUGUUGAAAGAUUCCAAUAAUCAGCUGACUUUGUCCCUGAGAGAGAAGGAGUUUGAGUUGACGAGUCUGCGUGAGAAGACGGGGACAUUGACGACGCUGCUACAGCAGCAGCAGGGUGAGCAGGGGCAGGUGGAUCACCUUGUCCAGGAGAACGCCUCACUGCAUCAGCAGACGGUUCAGUACCAGCAGGAGAGGGACCAGGCCAUCAUGGCUCUCCGACAGAAACACACGGAUGUGGAGGAGCUGAAUAAAGAGAUUGCCCGUCUGAAGGAGAAAGAAAUGAAACUGAGUCGGGAACUGGAGAGACUGAGACAGCACUUGCUUCAGAUUGAGGAGGGCUACACUGGUGAGGCUCUGGAGGCCGAGGAGAGGGAGAAGGAGUUGAGGAACAGGCUCGCUGUGGCCGAGGAGAAGAUCCUCUCAUCCAGCUCUGCAGUGCAGAAUGCCAGCCAAGCAGCCAGCGAGCAGGUGGAGACCUUGCAGCACCAGCUGCACGGGGUGACCAGUCAGCGGGACGCAGCCUACAUGCAGAUGACGGCCAUGCAGGACCAGUGCCAGCAGUAUGCCGCCUCCCUCGGCAACCUCCAGAUGGUGCUUGAACAGUUCCAGCAGGAUAAAGAUGCUCAGAUCGCUGCAGACACUGAAAGGUACCAGGAUGAGAUAAAACUCCUGAAGGACAAGCUCAACACCCUGCAGAGAGCACUUGACACUACAAAGACGGAGCUGGAGGAGGCCUCAGAUGGACUGGAGGCAGCAUCUCGUCUCAGUGAACAGCUGGACAAGAAGGAAGAGGCUGUAGCUGCGUUGAAGGAGGAAGUCCUGCUGCGAGAGAAGACUCUGAAGGCAGCCGAGGAGGAAGUCAGGAAGCUGACCACAAGCACUGAGGCCAAGGUUGACAAGUUGUUGAUGAAGAACAUGCUGAUUGGCUAUUUCCAAACUCCGACUGGUCGCCGGAAUGAGGUCAUUCAUAUGAUGGGUGGGGUCCUCAACUUCCAACUUGACGACUACGCCAAGAUUAAUCAGACGCAGACCAGCUGGGUAGCAGGAUUCCUCCGGUUUGGGUCCCCUCGGGCGGGCCCCACCCCACCGACCACACCUGUAUAUGCAGGGAGGAGGGCACCUUCACUGGACCAGUCUUUCUCCCAACUGUUUGUGAAGUUCCUUGAGAAGGAGUCCUCUCCUCCCCCACCCCCAGUCCGAAUGCCGGCGGAGAAGAUGGCCCAGGAGGUGAAGGACAAGCACAAGGAGAGCCAGAAGCCUGUGUUCAACCCAUUCACCGCCCCCAGACAUGUCUCCAUGCCCCUGCAGCUAGGGGAACAGACCGCUACCACCAAACCCCACAUCCUCAUGGGGCCCAUGUCUCCUGUCACACAGACCAAUCCACUUAUGGCACCAAUGUCUGGAGAGUCUCUCAGUCAGCCAGGCUCCGGCAGGUCCACGCCACAGAACUCCAGUGCAAUUCUUAAAGAUGUACUCGGCACAAGAUGAUAAUAGAUUAAUUAGUGUAUUGUUCAUAUACUACUCAAAAGACGUUAAGGAUGAUCCAGAUUGACGAUAGUAAUAAGAACCGGGUGGUCCUUAACUUCUUUGAGUAGUAUAAGUAUUCCUGUCAAGUCAUGAGAUGAUGUCGACACAAAGAAAUAGACUUAACCAUGCAUCCACAUAAGACUAAUCUUUACAGCUUUAUCAUUAUGACAGUGAAAGCACCAUUUUCCUAUUUUAUAUAGAAUAAUGUUGCAUUUUGUGUGUAAACAAGACAUACUAGGACCAAAUGAUGUCAUAACUUUGAAUUGUUAGAACAUAUAUAUUUUUUUUGUCCACAGUUUAUUAGAACUGGUUGGUUGUUGUACAGUUUGGUAGAGACAUAAAAGCCCAUACAUCGUUUCACUCCAUUCUGGCAGACCAGUAGCUGUGUUGAAACCUGAUGAAGGAAUUAGAGUGAAGUUGUUGUUCAUUGACAGUACUUCCCCUUUAAUACUGUGAGGAUAUUUCCGUCAUUGAGUUUAGUUGAUCCACAUUUUUAAACAGUAUCCAUGAUCCCUGCAGUGGCUCCACACUAUGCAACACAUGUAGUUUUUAAGUAUUUGUUUUAGAAUUUACAAUUGUUAAUGUUCUCAGUAUUUUAUUAGCUGAAUGUACAGGGCUCUUGAAUAACUGCAUUAAGUUUCAAAUUAUUGGCAUCUGGUAGAGUAUUGAGGUGUGUAAUGGUUGAGUGGGAUUGGGCCUUGGAACAUUGGCAUGUACAGUCUUAAGUUAAUACCCUCAUUGUAAGUAUCCACUGAAUCGUGUGUAUAUAUUGUACAAAUCUAAUAUAUGUAUGCAGCACUAACCACCAUAUAUGGGGUGUCAUUGUACAGGCGUUCACAAUAUUGGCGUUCAUUUACAAGAUUCUCUUUGGUAACAUUUCAGUGGGGUUAUGUUAUAAAUGCAACUGGAUUUGUUUGUUUUCGUAAACAUGAUUAUCAUAACAUUUUAGGGAGUAGGUUUAAAUAAGUGCAUGGCAUUUGGGUACUAGUCACCAGGACCGACAAGCACAACGUGAACCUGUGGCACGACUAUUUUACGAUUGUACCAUUUACAACACUUUCUGCACGAAGAUCAUGUGUGCAAGUGGGUCGAGAGAAGUUAACUGAUUAAACUUGGUAUGAUUAUAUGAGAGUCUUUCAUUGCAGCGUAGUGGUUUCCAUAAUGAGCAUCAGAUACAUAGACCUUACAUGUUUGUAAUCAGUUAAGAUUUCAUGUGAUGUCAUGUGCUUGAUGGGUGAUGAAGAGGAAAUAAACAUAUUUUCCUACAGUG